AUGGGACAGCUCUUUACUGAACACUAUCACCGACUCAUGAUGCAGGAUCAUGAUCAUCGCAACGAUGAGAUUCCAACUGUAACAGAAAUAUUAAGGCCGGAUGCCCUUCCCAAAAAGAAGCGAGUUUUGAGAGUUUUAUUCUUGGGUUCUGAAUGGGUUAACGCUUUUCAAAAACCAUGUGACUGCAUCUUUUACGUCAUAUCCUUGUCUGAGUUUAAUCAACGCUGUUACGAAGAUGACCGCACAUGUAGAUUAGAAGACUCUGUGGGGUGCUUUAUUAAAACCCUGAAUGACCCUAAUUAUCCUAAAAAGACCCCACUUUACCUUAUAUUUAAUAAGGUUGAUGUGCUACUGUCAAAAAUUUCAAAUGGUUUUGAUCUCACCUGUAAAUUUUCAGAUCAGGAACAGUUGAAAUGUUUCAAGAAGCAUGGGCAUCCUAUAUGUUCAUUAGUGGUUCCUCUUGAAUCUCGAAAGCAUUCAUAUCCUAAAUUGGAUCAUGAUACUCUUUCGCAAGUGCUCAAAUUCUUAACUCCUGUAGAUCUUUUUAAUUGCAUGCUUGUCUCAAAGGAAUACUAUCAAGCCGCAAUGUCUGAUCUUGUUUGGUUUGAACAAUGCAAGGCUCAACAUUUAUUCAUUUCCCAUGAAAUUGCUAUUAGAAAUAUUGAGAAACAUUGUGCAAAUUUUGUGGACAAACAGGAUGAACAAUCUGUUUUCUACGCUUAUUAUAAGCACAAAGGAUUCGUAUUGGAAAACUCAAUUGAUUUUUUAGUGAACUAUUACCAGUCUUUUAUCGCGUCCAAUGUCAAUUACAAAGGAUUUAUGAUCACAAAUGCGAUAGAUCAACAACGAACCUCUGAAAUGCUUGUCAAUUCGAUUCAAUCAUGCAAUGAAGAUUAA